AUGAUGCCUCGUGGCGGGCACUCCUUUCCGACUUUUCGCAGGAUUGAUGUUUUGGAGCUCUUUUAUACUCGUGUUUACGAUCUUCUCACCUUAGCGCGUUUCACCUACUUCCCUGUGAGGCGGGGCUUUUCAAGCUGCCAAAGUUGGAAAUCCUCAACUUGUAGACUUCACGCACGUCUAAAUCACACGUCUGUGCUAUAUUUGCGGUCGAUGAUUGCGCCGCUCCGGAGGUUAUUUUCAUGGGGAGUCCCAACAUCCGACGCGCUAAAUUUCAUACAGUUAGCGGUUGAUCAAGAGAACAUGUUAGAAGUUGGGGCUGGCACAGGGUACUGGGCUUCAUUGUUAAGACAACAAAAUGUAUACAUAAUUCCGACUGAUGUGCAUCCAUGCCAUGUUCAGGGUACCAACGGAUUUCACUGUCUUCACAGUGGGAACGUCCCGCCUUUUUGCCGAGUGCUCAAAGGUCGCCCUGCCAUUCUGAGAAAGUUAGUUGAUUUUCGCUACCUUUUUAUUUGCUGGCCACCAAGAGAACAAGACUUUUGGUUGCCUUCCCUUGAAUUUACAAACAUGGCGUUCAACGCAUUGAAGUACUUCCGGGGAGAAACCUUGCUCUUUGUCGGUGAAGGAUUCUCCCAAUUUCAAAGAGUGAAAUAUCGUUCCUGUUGUUCAGCAGCAGCACAUCACAGAUGCUCAACGGCCGGUCCGGCAUUUAAUCAUACGGUAUUGGCUGAUUGGAGAAACAAAGGCCAAGCCGUGACCCCUAAGUGGCCAGGAGCGGCUGAUACGCUGACGCUCUGGGAAAAUACACAGGCCCGGAAAGACACUCGUUGUUCAGUAGUUUCAAGUAAGUCUGCUAUCACGAAACGGAUAAGAAUGUCGAGUUCAAUCCAGUUUGCGUUGAACAAUGAGUUCAUCUGUGCACAGCUUGGCUUCCUAACCACUGAGAGUGAUGUUCCCAAACAAACUUGCGGUGUCAUAUCUGGAAGCCGGGACUCGCAAAUGCGCUGCCUUUGUGCGGAACGCACGCGCCAAUUGUCUGAGAUAUCAAAAACCUGGGCGGGGCAAAUGGUAGCACACCUCGAAAUGCAAAGCCCAGAACGCUUUGUUCCCUUAUAAUUAGAUUAGGUCAGUCAACCAACAGCGCCCAACUU